GCUGUUGGGACCCGCGGCCAACGCCACACGCCACAAUGGAACCUUCGAAAAGAAAUUUUUGAUGGGCAUCACGACGAUGACACUCGGUUGGAAUGCCUGACGCUGACCGAGCACUGGAGAACAGCUUUCCCAAAUUUGAGAACUUAU